UCAGCGUAGGGGUAGCUGGAAAGAGAAAUCUGUGGCUCCGACUAACCAGCUCAGACAGACAUUGUGAGGACUUGCAGAAGAAUGUGUCUGGUUGUUUUGUACUGCCUGCUGUGGAGUUUCCACGCCUCUGCCGGUUAUUUCCCUCGAGCUUGUGUGUCAUCCAGGAACUUGAUGGAGAAGGAAUGCUGCCCACCAUGGAGUGGGGAUGGGAGCCCCUGUGGCCACCUUUCGGGCAGGGGUUCCUGUCAGGACAUCCUUCUGUCCAAUGCACCACUUGGGCCUCAAUACCCCUUCAGAGGGGUGGAUGACCGAGAGUCUUGGCCCUCUGUCUUUUAUAAUAGGACUUGCCAGUGCUCUGACAACUUCAUGGGAUUUGAUUGCAGAAAUUGCAGGUUUGGCUUCUGGGGACCAAACUGCACAGAGAGGCGACUGUUGGUAAGAAGAAACAUCUUUGAUUUGAGUGUCCCAGAGAAGGACAAAUUCCUUGCCUACCUUACUUUAGCAAAGCAUACUAUCAGCCCAGACUAUGUUAUACCCACAGGUACCUAUGGCCAAAUGAACAAUGGAUCAAGGCCAAUGUUUAGUGACAUCAACAUUUAUGAUCUCUUUGUCUGGAUGCACUAUUAUGUGUCCAGAGACACACUGCUUGGGGGAUCUGAAAUCUGGAGCAACAUUGAUUUUGCUCAUGAAGCACCAGGCUUUCUGCCUUGGCAUAGACUCUUUUUGCUGCUAUGGGAAAAAGAAAUCCAGAGGCUGACAGGAGAUGAGAACUUCACUAUUCCAUACUGGGACUGGCGGGAUGCAGACGACUGUGACAUUUGCACAGAUGAGUACAUGGGAGGCCACCACCCAGAAAACCCUAACCUGCUCAGCCCAGGAUCCUUCUUCUCUUCAUGGCAGAUCAUCUGCAGCAGAAUGGAGGAGUACAACAGCCAUCAGGCUUUAUGCAAUGGAACCCCCGAGGGACCCUUACUGCGAAAUCCUGGCAACCAUGACAAAACCAGGACCCCGCGACUCCCCUCAUCAGCUGAUGUGGAAUUUUGCCUGAGCUUGACCCACUAUGAAUCUGACUCCAUGGAUAAAGCUGCCAAUUUCAGCUUUAGAAAUACACUGGAAGGAUUUGCUAGUCCACUUACUGGGAUAGCAGAUGACUCUCAAAGCAGCAUGCACAAUGCCUUGCACAUCUUUAUGAAUGGAACAAUGUCCCAGGUACAAGGAUCAGCCAAUGAUCCCAUCUUUCUUCUUCAUCAUGCAUUUGUUGACAGUAUUUUUGAACAGUGGCUCCGAAGAUACCGGCCUCUUCAAGAAGUAUAUCCAGAAGCCAAUGCACCUAUUGGACAUAAUCGGGAGUCCUACAUGGUUCCGUUUAUACCUCUCUACAGAAAUGGUGAUUUCUUUAUUUCAUCCAGAGAGCUGGGCUAUGACUACAGCUACCUGCAAGAUUCAGACCCAGACUCCUUUCAAGACUACAUUAAGUCCUACCUGGAACAAGCCAGUCAGAUCUGGCAAUGGCUCCUUGGGGCAGCUGUGCUAGGGGCUGUCCUCACUGCUGUGCUGGGAGGGCUCACCAGCCUGCUGUGUCGUGGCAGAAGAAAGCAGCUACCUGAAGAAAAGCAACCUCUCCUCAUGGAAAAAGAGGAUUAUCACAGUUUGUUGUCCCAGAGCCAUUUAUAAGAGACUGAGGCAAUAGAGAAGGGCCAUAAAAGCCAGAUGCCACUUUAACUCAAAAUGAUGUUCCAGUUC